AUGAUAAUUCGAGCCACAUAUCCUAACAAGCUGAAAUUGCGUCUUGUAAUUUCCGGUGGUGUACUUGUACCACUUUGUUCACAUGGCGAUGACAACAUGGAGUGCAACAUCGGCUCGGUGACAAGGUUUCUACCUCAAUAUGACACCCGAGUUAUUCGAGUGCGAGGUGAGGCUAAGUGGAAGAUCGCAGACCUAAUAAUGCUCUUGAAUUUCGAACAGGACCAGUAUGUCAAUAGUUCGUAG